CGGGCGCAUCACCCAAUCUCCCGCAGCCAAGCCAGGCAGGCACGAAGCUCGCGAUCGAGUAGGAGAGGCCCGGUCGGCCGCCGUUGAUCGAUCGAGAUGCACCGGUCGUCGAGCUACUACCUGUCAUCCUCUUCGUCGUCGUCCGUAUCGGCGGCGACGGCGUCGGUGCCAGGCGGGCCGAGCGGGAACGCGGGGGUAGACGUGGACCAGCUGCCGACGUACGACCCGCAGUCGGACGCGACCAAGAAGGAGGCGCUCGACGCCUCCCGCGCCAACCUCGCCCACGCCCUCGUCCACCUCGUCCCCGUCGUCGUCCUCCUCUGCGGCCUCCUCCUCUGGUCGCUCUCCACCACCCCCGUCCCUCCCGCCGAGGUGGGAGUGAUUGUGCUGAAGAAGGGGAGACUGAUGGCGCUGAAGAGUUGGCCGGAGCAGAGCUUGAACGGACCACGCACGAUGGCUGCGAUGGAGGACCCAGAUCCGGUAGGCAAGCCGUCUCACACUCAUGGCUUGACGUCCGAACAGGACGGAAGCACGGCUGGAAAUAGUAUAAAGAAGGACGGGCUUAAGAAGUGAAGUUCAUGUAUGUUUCGGGAUGAGCUAAAGGAGCAGUUAGUUGCAUGUAUCACCCAUUUUGAAACAACAAAAUGGUUGAUUGUGCUAGAAAACGGGAUAUAUGGUGGAUGGUUGAUUGAAUUGGAAAUGGCCAAGCUCUUCAUCCCUGAUCUAUUUCAGUUUCUUUUCUUGAGGUUCUGAAAUAGUUCUCGAAAGUGAUUAGACAUGUCAGUAGCUGCCCAAUAUUAGCUUCCCUGAUUUUGGUUAGCCAACGAGACGAUUGAUUAAGGAACACACGGUUUGGUA